AUGGCAGGCUCAUCUCCGCCCGCAAGCAAGCGCCGGGCUCAUACGAAAUCGAGAACAGGCUGUGCUGAGUGCAGGAGGAGACGUGUAAAGUGCGGGGAAGAGAAGCCGAGUUGUCGACAUUGUUUCCGACGAAGCAUCCCGUGUCUGUAUCCAUCCAAGGAUGCCCUCCUGAUUCCCCCGGCCAAAGCGAGCUCGUCGCCCGUGAGUGUGGCAACAGCAGCAGCAAGUCCAACUGUCGCUCCCUCUGCAACUCAACUGCCGCAGUCUCGUAAUGACCCAAUUCCAACUUACACCACCAAGGACAUGGCUCUCCUGCACCACUGGACAUGGUCGACGAGCCAGAGCGUGGCCGACUUCCCCGACGUGAGCCGCUACUGGCAGACCGUGUUUCCUCAGAUUGCGUUUGAGCAUGUCUUCGUCAUGCACGCCAUUCUCAGCCUGGCAGCGUUGCAUCAGGCAUAUCUCGACCCAAAACGAAGACGGCAGCUGACAAUGGAGGCCAUACGGUAUCACAACCAGGCACUGCAGGGCUUCCAGCGCGGCAUUGCGAGCAUGAAUGAUGGCAAUAGCGAUGCGCUGUUUGCGUGCUCCUCGUUGAACAUCAUUUACGUCUUCGCCAUGUACGGCCAGCUUUACGACGAUGUAGAGUUGGACAUGACCCCGGCAGCCCGACAGUCACGAAUCCUAGGCGCCGAGUGGCUUCCAAUGGUCCGUGGAGUUGAGGCCAUUCUGCGUCCCGUGUACCAGCGCGUCCGGCUCGGGCCAUUCGGCUCGCUAUUGAGCCUUGGAAAUUGGGAUCACCUGGAUCCGGACUCUGAGCGUGUGGCCGAUGAUGAGCGCUUCCGCAGACUUGGCAGUAUAUGGGCAGAUUGUGGCGACCGUGAAAUCUAUGACAAGGCGUUGUUUUGCGUCAGAAAAUCGCUCGCAUAUAUGAAGCAGUUUGAAACCAUGAAUCCUGAGACCGCGGGGACCUUGGCUUAUAAUAGGAGAUUAUCUGGGCCCCUUGUCUGGAUAUACAUCACGCCCGAAGAAUACUUUCUGCGCUUACACCAACGGCAACCACAUGCGAUGCUGCUCUUUGCCUAUUUUGGUGUGGUACUCCAUAGCUUGAAUGGCUACUGGUUUUUUGAGAGAUGGGGAAGGAACAUCGUACAAGUAGUUGAUGACUUAUUAGGAGAGUACUGGAAACCGUGGACAGAAUGGCCAAGACAGGUCGUAGGGCUGUCAUAA